AUGAAUAGUUCUCCCUACAUAGUUAAAAGAAAACAAAGAGUUGGUGAUUGGAUUUGUGGUGUAUGUAAAAACUUAAACUUCUCAUUUCGAAAUUAAUGUAUAUUGAAUAAAAAUAGACAAGGCAAUCGAUGUAAUAAGUUGCCGCAUAAGAAAUGUUCCAAACAAUAAUUUCGAGGUUUUCGAACUUUGGUUCUCAUCCAUUAUGAAGAACCAAUAGAGAGUGUUGAUGAAUUAUUAGAAAACCAAAUAGAUCCAAUCGUUAAAUCAAGCCUUUUGGUGUUGGAUUUGGAUCAAUUUUGAAUUUACAAUUUUUUUGUAUUUUUUUUCUGCUUUGAUUGAGAGUAUAAUUAUAUAAUAAAUUUAUUUAAGAAAUAUGAGUGAUUUAAGACUGUUGCAUUAAAAUAAAAGUUUACAUCAUUUUUAGAACACUUUUUUCAAAUAAGAAUAAUCUCCUAGUAAAUCACAUCGUAAAUAACUCGAAUAACAUGGAUCACCUAAUAAUUUAUCAACUUCUCUUUCUAUUUCAAAGACACUUAUAAAUAAACCUCAAUCAGAAACUUCUUAUUUAUACUAUCUUUUACAACAAAUUAGACAUUUGGAACAAACGAUAGAAGAAUUAAAAUAAGAGAAUCAAUUAUUAAAAUCUCAAUAGAAGAUCGGAUUUUUGGUAUUGAUUAAUUUGAUAAAAACUUAGGAUUUACAAUUUUAGCAUAAAUAAAUGAAUAAGUAUCAUAAUUUGUUGAAGUCUGUUCAAUAAGUCAAAUUGGAUAAUAUUAAAUUAAGAAAAAGCAUAGAAUAAAUGAAUUUGAUGAUGAAAAUACAUUUGAAACCUGUAAAUGAAAUGUUUUUAAAAUUGAUUCCUCAAGAGAAUAAUUAUAUUGAAUCAUUUAAUCAUGUAUAAAAUGAUUCAAUAAAUGAAUCGAAAUAAAAUUUAAAAAUACAUGCUAAUAUUAAUAAAUAUUAAAAAUGUAAAACUGAAUCUCAAAUUAAAGAUUAGAAAUGA